AUGUCUUUUGAACAAAACUUUACUCCUAUAGAAGUUAUGCAAGAGAAUUUGGCAGUCUCAAACGCAGAUGAGUCUAACGUUGUUGCUUCAAAUGGUCCGAAUGUAGAAAUUAAUUCAACUCCUAAUGAAAUUGAAAGUCCUAUUUCAUGUGAAGUUGACACUGAAGGUCUUAAAAGAAAGCUAACUUCUGAAGUUUGGAACCAUUUCAAAAGGCAAAAAAUAGAUGGAAAGUUGGAGACCAUUUGUAACUAUUGUGGUGCAAAACUCUUGGGUGUUUCAAAACAAGGAACGUCACACUUAAAAUCACACAUUAAGUCUUGUCCACGUUGA